AUGAGGGAAACCCAUAAGAUAACAUCACAGUUAUCAUCAUCUUAUCAGCUGGAUGGAGGCGACCCUGCAGGGAUCCUCCGCAAUUUUGGAUGGAACAGCAAAUGUCGAUGGUCAAAAAAAUCAAGUCACUUUAUUAUUAAUUAUUAUAUUAUUACUAUUAUUAUAUACUAUUAUUACUAUUGCCAGUACUACAAUUAUUGUCAUUUGUACCCAACAACAUCCCAACCAAACGAUCCUGGCUCUCGACCCAGGCCUGCCUCCAUCGAGCUCUCGGCCAGCCCCCCGCGGCUGAGCGAAGCUUCACAGCUCCGCGCCAGCGUCCAGCAGGGUUUCCUCGAGCGCUGGCCGCAGCUGCGGAGCUGGGCGGAAGCCUUGUGCGCCCAGGGGGAGAAGGCACAGGAUGAGUUGAUGUACUGGGAAAACUACCUGGGAAACCCUGGAAAAGCUGGUGAAACAGUGAAGGAGCAGUUUUCCAGGCAAAUCCGGGAGGAUUUUGGGAACAUGUACCAGCAGCUCAUAGAGGCUGGCUGCUGUGAAGCUGAAGCCGCACAGGCCACAAGCAGUGAGGCGCGAGACGAGCUCUGUGAGCUGGUGAAGCACUUGUUAGAUCUGAUGCCAGCUGAAAGUGAUCCUGCCACAAGUAGUGCGGAAAAACGUUUUUUCGCCUUGCAAAUCGAUGUGAAUCAGCAGGGCUGCAUCAAAUUUCAUGAUGGCCGGAGGUUUACGACCUUGAGAAUACAGGUUCCGUUGCAUGGGGCAGGACCUGUUCUGGCGGCACCUGAAGAUGUUGAUUGGGAGUUCUGGGAAGCAGAAGGUGGGCUUCUGGGUUUUGCUCAAGAUGAUGAGGAGGACACUGAUUUGUCCGCCGUGGAAGAGUGGAACAAGAAGGUCUGCAAAUCUGAGAUGUGGACUUCGGCAGGUGACUUGAUCCUGCUGAAGGGCGGCGAGCUGCCACGGCCGGUGCUGCAGCGAUUUCCAUCCCCUUCCGCGGAGCAGCUGGAGAGUGGAAGCCACCACUCCUUGCUGAUCACCUUGGACCACGUGACCGAAGAGGUGAAGGAUCAGUUGAUAGAGAUGCACAUGGACCCGGAGUCCGAAGAAGAGACAAAUCAAUGUGUCACAGCUUCACAGCCAAACCGAGUAUUUUGCGUUGAACUUCCAUCCGACCCAUAG